CCGCGGUUAGUCUCGCGGUGUCCGAGCGCGCGCGCACCCGCCUGUAGUGCGGCUAAGCGCGAUCGCAUGUGCUAGUUCAAUGACGGUGUGCACAUGUUUUGUUUUGUGAACUGCACCAGAUAGUAACGAUCAAAGUGUUGGCUGUCAAGCUGGAGAUGAAGACGGAGCACCGCACUUGCUGCGCGUGUGGCGAGGCGAUCGCGGACCGCUUCCUACUGGAGGUGGGCGGCGGCGCGUGGCACACGGCCUGUCUGCGCUGCUGCGUCUGCGCAGUGCAGCUCGACCGUCAUCCCUCCUGCUUCCUGCGAGACCGCCAGGUCUACUGCAAGCAGGAUUAUGCCAAGAGCUUCGGCGCGAAGUGCUCCAAGUGCUGCCGGGGCAUCUCGUCGUCCGACUGGGUGCGGAAGGCGCGGGAGCAGGUCUACCACCUGGCCUGCUUCGCGUGCGACGCCUGCGGCCGCCAGCUCUCCACCGGCGAGCAGUUCGCCUUGCACGAAGACAGGGUGCUCUGCAAACCGCAUUAUCUUGAAACCCUCGAUGGAGGAUCCAUUUCAUCAGAUGACGGGUGCGACUCAGAAGGUUACCACAAGAGCAAGGCGAAGCGGGUGCGCACCACAUUCACGGAGGAGCAGCUUCAGGUGCUGCAGGCCAACUUCCAACUGGACUCAAACCCCGACGGCCAGGACCUGGAGCGGAUCGCCCAGGUCACCGGCCUCAGCAAGCGAGUCACGCAGGUGUGGUUCCAGAACAGCCGCGCGCGACAGAAGAAACACCAGCAUACUGGGAAGGGGAAGCAGGGCCAAUUGGUGUCCCGAGACGCGGACCCGGCGGGGUUUGGUCGGCCCAUCAACCUGCACCUCACCUACUCCUUCCAGAACAAGCCACCUUUUGUUCCAAUAGAUGGAACGUCUUUCACGGAUUCCUCGAUGGAUGAGCUAUCAGAGGACUCAUCGAUCCACUGCAUGCAGAGUGAAGUGUGAGCUUGCGAGCAUUGCAUCCUCGGCGUUAGUGGCGCCAUCUGUACAUAAUAUACUCGCCAUAUCUUACAACGUACAUACAAGUAGUGUAUGUACGUAAUUCGGCAUGUUUGCCAUAGGUCUUACUACUUUCUCGUAUUAAUGCAAUGUUUUUAGAACUGGUGCAAGCCAGUUGUAGCUAGUUUGGAUCAUCCUGCUAAACUAAUGUUAAUAUAUUUGCAGUUUCUGAAACUAACAUUAAAACGUUUAAUAUUAAAAUACAUGUAAUUCGAGACUUGUAAUUCCCCGGGUAAGAAUUUUUCAUUUACACGUAUUUAUUUAAAAUAAUGGAUAGCAAAGUUUGUAUAAGAUCUGUGAGAAUCAUUGUGACUAACUUUGAAAUUAAUGUAAACUAUAAGUUUCCACUCAUUUAAUAUGUAUUGUACAUAGUUAUAUUUAUUUAUUUAUUUGUUUCUAGUUACUGUGA